UACUGGUUAUUGGUAUCCAUCGUACAAAAAGACAUUACAUCCUUUUAUCAUGAACACAGACUUGACUACCCCCUUUUCAUUUUCUCUGUUGAUGGAUUUGAAGAUGCUGAAAGCAGGAAACGACACACGGAUGAGGAGGAGUCAUUAUCAGCAGCCAUGUCUGAAUCCAGGAACCCGACACUGACUGACUCUGAUCUGACUGGAUGUUUGUGAGAUAAGGGAUGAGUUUUGUUGUGUUGUUUUUGUGCAUCAUCGAUGGAGUCGCCUGUUAGCACUGCCCUGUGGGGCGGUGGUGGCAGCAACUACACAGCUGACGACUCUGGGCCGAGCUUCAUCAACCAGCUAGGCACUGGCUCACCUGUCGUGCCGAGGGUUGUUUCCAUAGUGACCAGUCUAGUGACCGCCACCACAGAGGCCACAGUGGGCACCACAGGAAACCUGUCGGUGUUCAGAGACCAAAGAAGGAGCGAGCUCAGUCAAACCCAUCCGGCAUCAACCCCGUCUGUCCUGAGCGCCGCUGAGAGUAACUCUGUUCUUCAGGGCAUCACCGUGGCAGCUCAGGCCCUGGUGCUCCUCUCCAUCUUCCUCCUCUCCAGCCUUGGUAACUCAGCCGUUGUUAUCGUCAUCAUCAAACACAGGCAGCUUCGAACCGUGACCAACGCCUUCAUCAUGUCUCUGUCGCUGUCUGACUUCCUCACGGCUGUUCUGUGUCUGCCCUUCUCCUUCAUCAUGCUCUUCAGUAAGGACGGGAUCUGGAUGUUUGGGGAUCAUUUCUGUGUGGCCAACGGCUUCUUCAACACCUGCUUUGGUAUCAUCUCCACCCUGACCAUGACUCUGAUCUCUUUUGACAGGUACUACGCCAUAGUCAGGCAGCCACAGGCGAAAAUUGGGCGCCAGAAAGCGACUCAGUUGUUGGUAGCUGUGUGGUUAACUGCUGUCAUCUUUUCUUUACCCUGGUACCUGUUAGUCCGGACGCCAGCAGAAAUCCAUAAGCGAGGUUUCUACCACUGUAUGUAUGUGUUCCACUCUGGGACGUCUCGCAUGGGGACGGCUUACAGCAUCUGCCUCAUCAUGGUGUGUUAUUUACUGCCCUUCUCCCUCAUGUGUUUUUGCCAUUACAACAUCUGUAAGACGGUCCGGCUCUCAGAGAUCCGAGUCCGACCAGUGACCACGUACGCAUACUUAUUGCGGUUCUACAGUGAAAUGAGAACAGCAACCACGGUUCUGAUCAUGAUCGUUUUCAUCAUUUUCUGUUGGGGGCCAUAUUGUUUAAUGGGGUUGGUCACAGCAAUGGGAGACUACAAAUUCAACCCCGCAAUGGACACGGUGGCGAUCUGGCUCGCCUGGGCAAACGGAGCCAUCAACCCUCUGAUCUACGCCCUGAGGAACCCCAACAUAUCCAUGUUACUGGGGCGGAGCAGAGAGGAGGGCUAUCGGACCAGAAAUAUCGCUGCGUACCUCUCCAGCCAAACCCAGAACCGCGAGGUUCGGCUCAACCAAGCAGACAGGAUAAGGGACCGCUACGUAAGCCGAGUAGGGGUGAACAAUAACAGCAGACUGUCGAGUUCCAGUCCUGGAAAAGGAGGAGAGGUGGCAAUGUGGGCCUGUAAAAACCCCGCUGUGUUCUUCUGCAGGGACGCCCAGUCUGACACCACAACACUACCCAACUCUGUCAGUACUCUAAAGAUGAAGACAGCUGACACCAGCCUGUGAGUUCUGGACCAAGUUUGAACUAUCUGAUAAUGGUUUCCAUCUGAUCUGUAUUUACAGUUGAGGAUCUGGAGACUGCUGUCACCAGUUUAAGGUCUUCAGAAAUACCUGACAGUAUUCGUGUCUCGUCGGAUCACAGCAUCUCAUAAACGUUCAUGAUCCCAUUCAAAACUUGACCAGAUUUUGUUCCAUGAAUCAGGAGGAUAAUGAGUUUUUCAUAUAGUCCUAUUAAUUGACAGAACUGUCAGGAAGACAAAAGUCAUGAUGGUGAAAACUCAGUUUGAGCAACUGUUGUAUAACAGCUAAUGAGUUACAUGAAAUCCUUCCUAAAUUUGGAGGACACCAUAAAGUCCUCUGAAGGAUCCACAGGACCAGCUUGAAGACCUCUGGAAGGGGAUGUUGAGUAUCGUGACGCCUGUGCUGCA